UUUUGUGAUAUUUUCAUCUUUCCACCCGCCGAGCUGUGGGUGUCUGCCCCACCCUCAGGCCCGUGGGUGUCCUACCCACCCGUUUCCCCGUGGGAGCUGGCCCCACCGAUCACACUGGCGGUUGGAGGUAAGAACGCCGCGGUGCAGUGCGCCGGGUGUGAACGUCCCAUACUGGAUCGCUUCCUGCUAAAUGUCCUGGACAGGGCAUGGCACGUGAAAUGUGUCCAGUGCUCGGACUGUCGCUGUCCGCUCACGGACAAAUGCUUCUCCAGGGAUGGGAAACUCUACUGCAGAACAGACUUUUUCCGACGAUUUGGAACCAAGUGUGCCGGUUGUACCCAAGGAAUAUCUCCAAAUGAUCUAGUGAGACGCGCCAGAAACAAAGUGUUCCAUUUAAAAUGUUUCACGUGCAUGAUAUGCCGAAAACAACUGUCGACCGGGGAGGAACUGUAUAUAAUGGACGAGAAUAAAUUCAUUUGUAAAGAAGAUUAUAUUAGCAGCAAAUGUCAAGGUUCUUCAGAUAUAGAGGACGAAGCAGAACUCGACCAUUUGGAGCAUACGGCGAACCUUUCAGACAGAGACUUCAGCAUCGAUGGUGAAAACAGUACAGAAAUAGACACCAAGGAAAACGUAUUGUCUAGUAUCACAUUAAACAACAACACAAACAUUACCAAUAACAACAACAACAACAACAACAUCAUCAAUAACAAAAACGACAUGAACUCAAUCCCCUCGAGCCCCGAUCCUCUAAAGGACGAUACAGCUCUGCUUAAAAUAUCCUCAGACUCGAACCAUAGUACACAAAGUUGUGACACGAAUGGAAAUUCUAUUCCUCCCAACCCGGGUCAAACGACACCCGAGGGGGAUGACAGAUCGUGCGAGGAAUUGGUUGAAGGAAGUGCUAAUUCUACUGCCGGAGCCAAACGGCGAGGACCAAGGACUACAAUAAAAGCAAAACAAUUGGAAGUUUUGAAGUCAGCAUUUAAUGCUACUCCUAAACCAACACGUCACAUCCGGGAACAGCUAGCUCAGGAAACGGGACUCAACAUGAGGGUCAUUCAGGUAUGGUUUCAGAACAGAAGGUCUAAAGAAAGAAGAAUGAAACAAUUAAGUGCUCUAGGUGCCCGACGACAUUUUUUCCGGAACCCACGACGGAUGCGCGCGCUGCGGACGGGAAUGUCGCCUAGUGAAUUGGACGAGUCAGAAAUGAUGGGAGGACCCGGAUUCGGAUAUUUCUCAGAUAAUGGACAGGAAUUUUACGCUGGCUAUCAAGGGUAUGGCGACUUUUUUCCCGGACAAGGCGAGCCAGGAGGCCCUGGAAACCUUAGCUUCCUACCACCGUCAUCACGGGGCACCCCGCCUCUAAACCUCGACCAGCCUUUACAUCAUAACGGAAAUAUGGUUCCGGAUAGUCAGUUCAUGCCAAAUGAUAUGAUGCCAUCUUCAGGGUCCCCCGACUCCCUGGUACUCCACAGUCACGAGAGCCCCUUCGGACCCGGGGGUCCAUCAAGGUCCCUAGCUAACUCCUUUACCUCACUGUCUCAUCCUCCACAGGAAAUGACGGAAGCCUGGUGAUGACGUCACAUCCGUUUUGAUAUAUAUGUGAACAUUUUUUUUACCUUUAACCAACGUCAUUCCAAGAUUGACAAUAUGUGUGUAAAGUGAUUGUUAUAAACAUAUUAUUUAUAAAGUGCACAAGCUGUGUGACAGAUAUUGUUAAACAGUUUACAUUGUGAGUGGCAAAUAUUUAGUAUUUUCUUAUGACAGACAGAACUACUGAAGUAUUCUAAAAUAUUUUCCCGUCGGUCGGAGGAUCCUUUCUACGUGUCUGAUACACGUUUAGCCACAGGAAGGGCAGCUAAUUUCCAUACGGAGCUCUUCAAUAGUUAUCUGCAUAUCAAGGCAAGCCUGUUUAUUGGUACGUGGCCACAAUUGUAGAAAACACACUGAAUGAUCGCAUAGACCGUUCAUCACGAGUGGUUGGACUCCAUAGCGAGGCAAUCUCCAUUAUGUCUCGCUUCCGAAUAAUUAAAAUUUGAGACAUCAAUACGAGUUUUGAGAAUCGGAUUCUUCAUAAUAAUUUAUUAAGUUCGUUAAAGAAACCACAGUGUUUGAACUGUCAACAUUACCACAGGAGUAGGUGUCUUUUGUUACACUCCAACAUAUGACAAUGUGAUGAUGUCAAAGGACACCUUUCUAUUAUGACGUCAUGUUUUAAUACACAUAACUAUGAAAUGUGAAUAUUUACACUUCGGGAAACAGAUAAAUGAUUUCCUGGUGGAAAUGCUAUUUAUUUAUCGUUGAGUUGAGAUAUCGUAGAAUAUAAUGUGUCGUGAUAUGUUGUCCGUCAGUUCGCACUGUUGUGUGUUUUGUAUAUAUACAAUACUCCCGAAUACCGGGUUUUAAGUCCCAUUCACAAAACUAGUGCAAUGUCCGUUUUGAUUCUCUUCAAUCCUCUGUUUCACAUUUAAGUGUUUCACAUUUUUUUUUUUUAUCUUUUCACAUUUCAGUAAGAUUGUGUUUGAAAAAGAAAACGAAGUCGUUAUAGAAUUCCCCAUUCCAUCAUAUCAUAGCACAAUGCAGGUUACCUGCUGAGUCUACCUUACAAUUAAACAACAUC